AUGCAUCUCUCCAACGUUUACCUUUUGGGGCUUGUCGCCCCUCUGGUGACUUAUGCAUUCGUGCCGCAGUCACUGAAGACUCCAACUCAACAGACUCUUCGAGAUCCAGUCAGGAACAGUGUCGAAACACCAUCCUUCUGGUCACAAGAUGAAUGCUCGUCAACUCAACUAAAUAUGGCAUUUGACGACUCCAAAGGAAGCAAUAUGUUCGAUGGACCAAUGGCUCUUACCAAGGAGCGCGAUGCCUGCGGUGUCGGUUUUAUUGCCAACACUAAAAGUGGAGAGGAGUUUGGAACCCACCGGGUUGUACAACAGGGUCUUUCGGCACUUACAUGCAUGGAACACAGAGGUGCAUGUGGAGGUGACAAGAUUUCUGGUGAUGGUGCCGGUAUGAUGACUCAGAUUCCAUGGAAGCUCUUCGCCGAAUAUAGAUCAGAUGACUGCCCACAACCUGGUGUCGGUAUGAUCUUCCUUCCUAUCGACGAAGAAAAGCGCGAAGCGGUGAAGACCAAGAUCGAAGAAGUGUGCACUUCUAAUGAGCUCAGAUUCAUCGGAUGGCGUGAAGUCCCCGUCGACCCUGAAGUUCUUGGUCCUUUGGCCAAAGCCGCGAUGCCCAGCAUCUGGCAGUUCUUCGUCAAGGCCCCUAAACGCCUUGACAACGAUGACAAUAGCCGUGAUGGUUUCGAACGCACAUUGUAUCUUAUCCGCCGUCGUUUCUCUGUCGAGCUUGAAAAUGCUGGACUUGUUUGGGAUGACAGCGAAACCUACGUCGCUUCCUUAAGUUCCCGAACCAUCGUCUACAAGGGUAUGGUCCAAUCUGCAGUUUUGUCCACCUUCUACAAGGAUUUGACCAAUCCCGAUUACACAUCCAAGUUCGCCAUCUACCACAGACGAUUUUCCACCAACACCAACCCUCGCUGGCCUCUCGCCCAACCCAUGAGAGUCCUUGGACACAACGGAGAAAUUAACACCCUCCUUGGUAACGUUAACUGGAUGAAGGCCCGUGAACGUUCCAAGUCUUUGGAGUGUGACAUUGACUCUGACUUGGUAGACUAUGACUCCACUGAGAACAUUGUCACCAUGUGCGACACCCAAGAUAUCCCAGACUUCCUUGAGCCUGUCGUCGAUCUUGGCCGAUCUGAUUCUGCCAACUUGGAUUCUGUCUUCCAAUUGAUGACUCAAUCUCGUCACCGUGCGCCAUGUGCUUUGAUGGCUAUGGUGCCAACCGCUUACAUGGAAAACCCAGACUUGAAAAACAACCCAGAGAUCACUGACUUUUACAAAUUCCACGGAGGUUUGCUUGAGGCCUGGGAUGGUCCAGCCCUUCUUGUUUUUUCUGACGGUAAAUCGAUUGGUGCCUCUUUGGAUCGUAAUGGUCUUCGCCCCGCUCGUUAUUCCAUCGCCAAGGACGGAAGUGUUUAUAUGAUGAGUGAGACUGGUGUCGUUCCUGAUCUUAAAGAAGCCGAUAUUGUUGAAAAGGGACGUUUGGGACCUGGUCAAAUGAUUAAUGUUGAUCUCGAAACUGGAGAAUUCAAGGACAAUAUUGCCAUCAAGAGUGAAAUCGCGUCUCGCCACCCAUAUGGAGAAUGGAUGGAGAAGCACCGCAAGGAAAUCACCAAGACCGAAGCUGAUGAUGUCCGUCUGUAUGAUGACGACACAGCAACUUUUGCUCAGGCCACUUUCGGAUGGAGUCUUGAGGAUAUUGGUAUGCAAAUCCAAGAUAUGGCUGGAUCCGGCAAGGAGACGACCUACUCUAUGGGAGAUGAUGCCCCUAUUGCUGCAUUGAGUGAGCGUCCACACCCACUUUAUAAUUACUUCAAGCAGCGGUUCGCCCAAGUUACCAACCCUCCUAUUGACCCACUCCGUGAGGGUGUUGUCAUGUCUUUGGAAAUGACCUUGGGAAGAAAAGACAGUAUCUACAAGGUUUCUGAGGACGGUGCUCGUAUCAUCCGUCUUGAAUCUCCUAUUUUGAAUGGCGUCGAGAUGGACCAAAUUGCCACUCUUGCCGAAGACAGCAACGGAGGAUUCAAGCAAGCUACUGUUUCUACCAGAUACACCCUUGCUGAUGGACCCGCUGGAAUUGAAGCUGCCUUGGAAGCAGUCUGCGACCAAGCCGUCGAAGAUGUCAAGAACGGUGCUGAAGUUCUUAUCCUCAGUGAUAAGGCCGCCGACCAAUCGGUUCUUGACGAAACCACCUACAUUCCACCACUUGUUGCCAUCGGUGCUGUCCAUCACAGAUUGAUCGACGAGGGUCUUCGCAUGGAUACCGGUAUUGUUGUUGAGACUGGUGCCGCAUGGUCUACCCACCACUUCGCCUGUCUUGUUGGAUACGGUGCCAACGCUGUCCACCCCUACCUUGCUCUUGAAACUGUCAAGCAAUGGCACGGACAAGAUCGAACGCAAAAGAUGAUGAAGGCCGGGAAGCUCGCAGAUGUGUCUCUCGCCAAGGCACAAGAGAACUACCGUGUUGCUGUCGAGAACGGAAUGCUCAAGAUCUUGUCCAAGAUCGGUAUUUCUCUUUUGACUUCUUACUCUGGUGCCCAAAUUUUUGAAGCUCUUGGUCUCGGAGAUGAUGUCAUUGCAAAGAGUUUCAAGGGAACCACAAGCCGAAUCGGAGGAAUGUCUCUUGAAGACAUUGCGUCCGAAACUGUCAUGAUGCGCCCUGAAGCCGUCAAGGAAAAGAUGAAGCUUAUCAACUACGGAUACUACAAGCCUGUGCCAGCGUUGGGUGAAUACCACAUCAACUCGUCUGAUUUGGCCAAGCUUUUGCACAAUGCCAUCGGUCUUGACAAGAAAGUCAGUGCUGCUAGCAACAGAGACGAACUGGAAAACGAUGGUGUCCAGCCAAAGAGUGUUGCAAACUACGAAAUCUUCCGAAAGAGUCUUGAAACUGCUCCUCUUGCAAACAUUCGUGAUCUCUUGGAUUUCGACUCCGACAGAGAGAGCAUCUCCAUUGAUGAAGUCGAACCUGCUUCAGAAAUCAUGCGUCGAUUCUGCACUGGUGCGAUGUCUCUUGGAGCUCUCAGCCGAGAGGCUCAUGAAACUCUUGCCAUUGCCGUCAACCGAAUUGGUGGAAAGUCCAACUCUGGUGAAGGUGGUGAAGAUGUUCUCAGGAACAAGCCAAUUCAGGACGUCGACGAGAAUGGCCGAUCCGCUUCUUUCCCACACCUUGCUGGAUUGAAGAACGGUGAUUCUGCCAACUCAUUCGUACACCAAGUUGCAUCUGGUCGUUUCGGUGUCACCCCAGAAUUCCUUGUCACCGCUAAGCAACUGGAGAUUAAGAUUGCUCAAGGAGCCAAGCCUGGAGAAGGAGGUCAAUUGCCAGGACCCAAGGUUUCCGACUACAUUGCUGGGCUUCGAGCGAGUAAGCCAGGUGUGACACUUAUCUCUCCUCCUCCCCAUCACGAUAUCUACAGUAUUGAGGAUCUGGCACAAUUGAUUCACGAUUUGCACGCCGUCAACGAACGCGCUGGUGUUUCUGUCAAGUUGGUGUCUUGUGUUGGUAUUGGAACCGUCGCCUGUGGUGUUGCCAAGGCUGACGCCGAUGUUAUCCAAAUUUCUGGUGGUGAUGGUGGUACUGGUGCUUCCCCUCUUUCCUCGAUCAAGCAUGCUGGGUGCCCAUGGGAGCUUGGACUCUCUGAAGCCCACUCUGCACUUCUUAACAACAACCUUCGUGACCGUGUCACCAUUCGUGUUGAUGGUGGAAUUAGAACUGGAUUGGAUGUCAUGAUUGGAGCCAUGCUUGGUGCUGAAGAAUUUGGAUUUGGUACUAUUGCCAUGAUUGCUGAGGGAUGUGUCAUGGCCCGAGUUUGCCACUUGAACACAUGCCCCGUUGGUGUCACCAGUCAAAAGGAAGAGCUCCGAAAGAAAUUCCCAGGAACUCCAGAACACGUUGUCAACUUUUUCGAAUUCGUCGCUGAAGAAACACGAAGUUUGCUUGCAACUCUUGGAUACAAGAGCCUCGAAGAUGUUAUUGGACGUGCUGAUUUGUUGAAGACCGGCGAGACACAGGUUGGACGGGUUGCCAAGACCAAAUCCAUGAGUCUUGACUCUUUCUUUUCCGGUGUUCCAAACACAAAGGAUGAUAGAUCUUUCUUGAAGGCCAAGAUGGCUGGCGGAAUUGAAGUCAAAAAGGAAGAAAUUGUUCACGUCAAUGGAUUCAGCAGUGACCUCGACCGCGAGGUUUGUGCUAACGAGGAUGUCAAGAAGGUCAUUUCUGACAAUGAAGGUGAAGUCUCUGUUUCUUACAAGAUCUUGAACACCGACCGCAGUACUGGUGCCAUGCUUGCAGGAGAUAUUGCUCGCGCUCACGGAAACAUCGGCUUCAAUGGAAAGAUCAACGUUCAAUUCGACGGAAGUGCUGGCCAAUCGUUUGGAUCUUACACACUGCCCGGAUUGAGCCUCAAGCUUGUUGGUGAAGCCAAUGAUUACGUUGGAAAGGGAAUGCACGGUGGUGAAAUCAUUGUUGUUCCAAGCCCAGAUGCCGGUUUUGUUGCCUCCGAGUCAAGUAUUGUUGGAAACGCCUGCUUGUACGGUGCCACUGGUGGAGACUUCCACGCCAACGGUCGUGCAGGAGAGCGAUUCGGAGUUCGUAAUAGUGGGGCAUUUGCUGUUGCUGAAGGAGCUGGUGAUCACUGCUGCGAAUACAUGACUGGUGGAGCUGUUGUCAUUCUUGGAAGUGUAGGACGCAACGUUGGAGCUGGUAUGACUGGUGGAAUUGGUUACUUCUACGAUAAGGAUGGAGACUUCGAGGACAAGCUCAAUGGCGAAAUUGUCAAAAUGCAAAGACUUGUCACCUCUGAGGGAGAAGCCCAACUGAAGACCAUGAUCGAGCGCCACUUCGAGUUGACUGGAAGUGAGAAGGCAGAUGAAAUCUUGUCAGAUUGGGAGACUGAGAAGAAGCACUUCUGGCAAAUUUACCCCCCAUCCGAAACCAAGUCACCAUUCGUGACAGAAGGUGCUGAAGGCACUGACCUUCGCAUUUCCGCAUCUGCUCCAAAUGGGGAUAUGUGCUUCCUCCCAGUUGGGGGACAAAUGUCGCCUGAGCAAACACAAAGGUGUGCCGAUUAG